GAAGGUAAAGUAGCAUUUAUAACUGGUGGAGCUAGUGGCAUAGGAGCAGCCACAGCUAAACUUUUUGUUCAACAUGGUGCAAAAGUAAUAAUUGCAGAUAUUCAAGACGAUCUCGGAAAUUCAUUGGUAAAACAAAUUGGCACAGAACACAUAAUGUUUGUCCAUUGUAAUGUUGCGAUUGAAUCUGACGUUCAAAAUGCUGUAGAUGCAACAAUUGUUAAAUUUGGUAAGCUCGACAUAAUGUUUAGUAACGCUGGUAUAGUUGGUAAGCCAAUUUCCAGCAUCUUAGAGGUAGAUUACGAUAUAAUUAAGAAUGUGUUUGAUGUAAACGUUGUUGGGGGAUUUUUUUGCGCGAAACAUGCUGCUAGAGUGAUGAUUCCGGCUAAUAAAGGAGUUAUUAUUUUCACAGCAAGUAUGGUGACAGAGUCCUGCAUUGAUUCGCCACAUACCUAUACAGCGUCAAAGAAUGCACUUUUGGGACUCUCAAAGAAUGUUGGAGUCGAAUUAGGGAAAUAUGGAAUAAGAGUUAAUUGUGUUUCUCCUUAUGUAAUUAGCACACAACUUACGUUGAACGCGCUCGGAAUAACUGAGAGAGAAAUGGCAGAGAAAUGGUUUGGUGAAGCAGGAAAUUUGAAAGGAGUUUUAUUGGAGGAACAAGAUGUAGCAAAUGGAGUGUUGUAUUUGGCAAGUGAUGAUUCUAAAUAUGUGAGUGGUUUGAAUUUAAUUAUUGAUGGUGGUUUUAGCACCACAAAUGUGGCUUUAACCGAGGCUUAUAAGAAGUUGUUUCUAUCCACCAAAUAAGCAAGGUCAAUUUAUUUUAUUUUGAUC